GGGAGCCGCCCGGACGCCUCGGCCGUGCAGCGGUCCGACCCCGCCGGCAGGAUGUCAGCCAGUAUCCCUGGAGGCUCAAAUGUGGCUGCUGGCAGUAAUCGUCGUCUUCAGCAGACUCAGCACCAAGUAGAUGAGGUGGUUGACAUCAUGAGAGUGAAUGUGGACAAGGUAUUGGAGCGAGAUCAGAAGCUGUCAGAGCUGGAUGACCGUGCUGAUGCACUGCAAGCAGGAGCUUCCCAGUUUGAGACCAGUGCAGCCAAGCUGAAAAGAAAGUACUGGUGGAAGAACUGUAAGAUGUGGGCAAUAUUGAUAGCUGUUGUUCUCAUUAUCAUCAUCAUCAUUAUUGUCUGGAAUGUGUCUUCAUGAGUUACAGGAAGAAACUCAGAUCAACUGAAGGUGCCAUCUUCAGCCUCUCCACUUCAAACUUGCUGUAUUUUCAGCCCAUUUACUGCUGUUUUAAAGCAAAACUAUUUUGAUUACUGAAAUGUUAACUAACUUUACCUGGUUGCCUUAAGACACUCCUGUCAUUAAUUACUAACAAGCACAGCCCACCACUUGCACAGUGCCUUAAUAAACCGGGGCACAGAGCUGGUGAGGAGGAUGUGGCUCUAGAAUUUCCACGGUCGGUGCCGUAAGGGGUCACAGGCUCCGUAGACCGGUGUGGGAUUUUUUUUUCCUCCAUCCUCCUCACCCGCCCGCCCCUCCUCGGAGCCCUCGCGGCGGGGUGGGCUCCGUACACUGACCUGUGCCUUGCUGGGGCCGCCUCCGCCGCCAGCCCGGGCUCUCCCCGCCUAGCCUUAAUGACGCGGUAGCGGCAGCUCCUAGCAGCGGAAGAACCCGCCACGCCGCUGAGCACCGAUGCCUUCGCUAAC